AUGGCGUCUCGCCUUCUGAAGAUCCUGCCCUCGUCAGCCGCAUGUGGACGGAACUGGUCAGAGUUUGGCAACAUCCACACAGCAGUUAAGAACCGACUGAAGAAUGAGAGAUUUGAAAAGUUGGCGUUUGUUCACUCCUACCUGAACUUCAACAAGAAGAGGGAACGCGUACAUGGCCUGAAGCAACGCCCAUACCCAACAUCCGCGCUGAGACCGUGGCUGCUGCCCCUCCUGUCCACAUGGUUCUCCCGUUACGGUGUUCCAGACGACAUAGUCACUGACCGCGGGGCUCAGUUCGAGUCAUCACCUUUCCUCGAGCUCUGUCGUCUGCUCGGCGCCAAGCGCUCCAGAACCACAUCCUACCACCCCUGUGCGAAUGGGCUCGUGGAAAGGUUCCACCGCCAGCUGAAGACCUGCUUUCGCGCCCUGCCGGAUACCAAAUGGUCCCAGGCGCUCCCGCUCAUCCUCUUGCACUUGAUAGCGUCCCUCAAGCCCGAUCUUGGGUGCUCUUCGGCAGAGCUCGUUCUCGGCACCACGCUUCGUUUACCGGCAGACCUGAUCGUCCAGCAACCCCCCACCCCUGCACCUGCGCACUACGCUUCCUUGCUCAGCGACGUUUUCAGGUCCCUCGCCGCAACGCCGCCUCGUUACCCUCACUCCCGCCCCACGCACGUGCCCUCUGCCUUGGCCACGUCCACCCACGUUUUUGUCCAGCUUCCUGCUCCUCGACGCUGCCUUCAGUCUCCGUACGCGGGUCUGUAUCGUGUGGUCACCCGCUCCGCUAAGACCUUCGUUAUUGAAGUCGCGGGACAGCACCAGACCGUUUCCAUUGACCGCUUGAAGCCGGCUCUCGUGGACCCGCAGCCUGCCGCACCUCAAGCCCUCCUCGUCGACCCUGCCCUCUCUUCGGCGCCCGCGUCGGCCUUCCCGUCCCCAGCCAGGCACGUCACUUGGAGCCCUUCCGUCGCGUCUGCGCCGCUCCUGAAGAGGGGAGGGGGGCACGUGUAG